AUGUGGGUCCACUGGGUUUCGGACAACCUCAGUGAUGACGAGGAUGUGGAGCGAGAGCGCAGGGCGCUGGCCGUGCGCUGCAACAUGCUGGCCCGAAGGUAUACGCAGCGUGCGUACAACGCCCUGAGAGUCCAGUACAACAAUGCAUUCAGAGUGCUGCUCGAGUUGCCGCGUUACUGCAGUACCUCCGAAAUGUUUACUACGAGGCGCGUUGAUAGCUUUAAGGCUAUUAUUCGUAAGAGGUGUGCAUUCAUGCUCCGGAGGCUACGAACCAGCUCGAACGGCAUUCUGAGUGCACUGGCGGACCGCUGGGACUCAGCAAUACUGCGCCACUGGAUACGGCUACAUUCUGACUGA